UUAUCAGCCGUUAUCAAUGCGUUAUCAAUCGCUGAUAUAAUUCGAGAUUCGUUUUCAUUCGUAACGCGGCGUCUACAGACAAGACAUGGCUGAGAGCGGAAUAAAAACCUUUACGUUCGCCGACGUAGCUGCGCGGAACGGCCGCGGCGGGGCGCCACUGUGGAUCGUGUACAAGGACAGUGUUUACGACGUCACGAAUUAUGUCAAUGAGCAUCCUGGAGGAGUGGACUCCAUCGAGGAGGAAGCUGGCACGGAUUCGACGAAGGCCUUCGACCAGGCCUGCCACUCCAAAGACGCCCACACCAUCAUGGUCAAGCUGAAAAUCGGGGAGAUCGUAGAGGAAGAGAAGAAAUACGAUGCAAACGGGAAAAAGAAGAAGAAAGUGUUGAAAGCAGAGCCGGAGGGCGGCAGUAGUCGCAGUUGUUUGAACAUGGUCACGUGCGGCUUGAUUGGAUGAUGACGGUCUCAGAAAAUCAGUCGUAUCACAUCAACAGAUGGGAGAGAACGCAUUUUUACAUACAUAUAUACAUUACAUACAUAUGGUCACGUCUAUAUCCCUUGCGGGGUAGACAGAGCCAGCAGUCUUGAAAGACUAAAUGGCCACGUUCAGCUAUUUGGCUUAAUGAUAGAAUUGAGAUUCAACUAGUGACAGGUUGCUGGCCCAUCGCCUAAAAAAGAAUCCCAAGUUUGUAAGCCUAUCCCUUAGUCGCCUUUUAAGACAUCUGUGGGAAAGAGAUGGAGUGGUCCUAUUCUUUUUUGUAUUGGUGCCGGGAACCACACGGCUUUGUUCCAAUUCCUAAGAGCAACAGUUUCCUCCAUAACAGUGGACAGGGGUGGAUUGAUGUAUUUUUAUUUUAUUAUCACGAAUUUAGCCUUGGUGAUGCUGAUGCCACAUACAUAUGUAUGAGGCUCUAGAAAUAUUGUACAAGGGUUUUUUAUUAAUUUGCUAUGAUCAAGAACACGGAUAUCAAUAAGACAUCUUUAUAACAUUAGAAUUAAGAAUGUAAACAUGAUGUCUUCGAAACGUUUGAACAGAUCUUAACGAUCCUAGCUUAGCAUGCAUUUCUUUUACAAUUGUUUCCAACAAAGCAUUUAUAUAGAUACGUUCUUUUCAUUAAUAUUACUUGUACAUAAGUCAUGAAGGACAUAAAGACCAUAUAUUUUUAUGAUAAAAGAACUAGAUAAUUCGAUAUUAGUUGGCCAAUAACUCUAGUAAAUAUAUGUUAAAUUAAACCUUAAAUACGUACGUACAAGUGCAUACAUAUAAAUCUCGUAUUCAUCCGGGGUAGACAGAACUAACAGUCUUGAAAAGU